AUCUUCAAUAUUAUAUUUCUAUAUAAGCUAUUUAAAGGAAGGAAAAGAUAGCCGACGCAGAAACAGUAAUAGCAGAGUGAGAGAAAGCAGAUGAGGUGAAAAUAGAGACAGAGAUGAAAUGUAAUAAUGAGGAGAAGUGAAUGGGAUAAUGAAGGAGACGGAAAAGGACAGAGUGAGGGAAAAAAGUGCGGUCGAGAGGAGGAUAGAAGAGAUUGGAAGAGAAGUAAGAAAACAGAGUGAAAAUGCCAAAAGGGUUAAAAGAGGUUAGGAAAAGAUUUAGAAGUCUGGAGGCGAGACUGGAGAGGUGGCAGACGGGAGAAGAGGACUUGGAUCCAGACGAGGAAGAAAAGAGGGGAAGAAAGGUAUGGAGAAGCGGCCAGGGAGAAAGAAGAGGAAGCAGAGGGGAAGAAAAGACGGUCGGAGACAAGCGGAGAAGAGGCGGAAAGGGAACAAAGAAAGUCGGUGUAGAGAGGGAGCGGAGUGGAGGGACGAUGGAGACUGGUGGGGGGAAGGAAGCAGAGACAAGGAGGACAGGAAGAGACGGCAAGGAGGAGGGAGGAAGUGACAGGUAGGAGUUAAAAAGGAGGUGAGAACAGGAACAGAAACUGGAGAGAGGAGAGACAGAGGGUAGAGGAGGAGGCAGAGGAUGACGGAGCCAGAAGAAUUGGAGUUCGGGAGAGGACAGUUAGAUGGAAUGAGAGGGGAGCAGAGAGGAAUUAACUUGGAAGCGGCAGUGAAGGCAUUUGGAGAAGGGAGCGAGAGGGGAUAAAGAAGGAUAAGGAAGGGAAGAGAGGGAGAAAAAGGUAUAGAAGGGCCGUGGAGGGGAGGAGGGGUAUACGUCUGUAAGGCUGCUCAAGGGCCAGGUUGGUAGGAGGAGAUUAGACAUGUAAUAUAUUAUAAUGAGAUAUUGAUAGGGAAGAAGUUGGGGGACAGGUGGACUUCCGUUUCGUUUACAAUUGUGAUUGUAUUGUCUUGUUAUUGUAUAUUUUGUUCCUGUGUUGUAUUAUAUAUUUUAUAUAUGUUAUAUCUUUAUAUGUAUGGCUGAUAUGUAGAGGAGUAUGAAUGUAUGGAUAAACGGCUUGCUAGUGAAAGAGAAGAACGGUCAAACAGAUGGAAGAGAGAGGAGCCGAGGAGAUCAGAGAAGGAGAAAGAGAGACAAGGAGAGGAGGUUAAGAAGAGCAGGAGAGUGAAAAGAGCAGAGAAGAGCGUAAAGAGUCGGGGGGGCUCAACAGCACGGAAAGUAGAGAGAUGACAGAGAGACGGCAAGUUGGGAAGAAUGAGAGGUGGAAGGAGAAUAAUGAUUUAAUUGAUUGUCUUAGGAGGAGAGGCAGGAAAGAAGGAGAGACGGCGAGAAAGCAUGAGGGGAAAGAGACGAAGAGGCGGAGAGAGCAGAGGGAGACAGGAGAAAGAGGAGAGGAGGAGAGGCCCCUUGAUGAAAAACGGAAA